AUCCUCCCGCCGGACGGGAAUCUCGAACUCCAUCUUGAACUGAGCGAGGUGAUAAAUCAAGAGGGCCACCACCACGUCUACAGAGUCGUUCCGCGGACGUCGCACGAGUCGUCUCAGGCGUUCACCUACCCACCCAUGGUCAUCAAGGUCUCUGUGGAAUCCGAAUCCGAUGGUCAGGGCCUCGCUAAAGAGGCCGCAAUGUAUGACCAUCUGAUUUCUUUGCAAGGAAGCGUCAUCCCGCGCUGCUACGGGUACUUUACACGGCCCUCCAGUCUUUUCGGAAACAUUUGGUUGAUGCCUAAUGCGAAUGCGAGCCUCAGCAUCUUGCUACUCGAGUUCGUAGGCCGUCCCGUGUCCGAUUAUUACGGUCUCGGCCAAGACCUGCGAGAGGACCUCUAUGACAUGUACAAGGAUCUCUGUGAACUCGGGAUCUAUCACCAUGAUCUGAGGCACGAGAACGUUUUGUGCGUGGAUGAAGACUCGGGGCUUGAGGGUCUCCCAAGUCUGGCAUCACCCAGGACUGGCCGUGUCUACGGAUUCCGCAUCAUUGAUCUCGAAACAGCGGAGCAAACGAACGUGAGGCCCGAUAGGCUAUACAUCGAAUGUGACCAUGUCAUCGAGGAGAUCAUCAGGGAUUCCGAGUAGGAUAACAUGAACGCAUUGUCAUGUUUAUAUCAUCGUCUGGUUUAGAGUGCCCAUUGAUAAUGCGAUAG